AUGUCCUUCCUCCCACCGGAGCUAAUCUUCGACAUUCUUUCACGGCUUCCGCCCAAGGAUUUGAUGCGAUUCCUCUGUGUUUCCAAAUCUUGGUAUGCUUUAAUCCACGACCAAAUCUUCAUCAAAGCCCAUCUCCAGCGCUCCAUUGAAACCAACUCUGCUCCUCUAACCAUUUUACUCAGGAAAUUUAGUCCCGAAUGUCCUCCAUCACAUUUCUUUUCAUUGUCCUUCAGCGAUAACGAGACGAUCGGAACAGCCGUGAAAACCGAGCAGCCGCUGAAAUGCCCUGACGAAUACACUGACAUUUUGUUGGACUACUCUGUUCAUGGUCUGGUUUGGAUUCACAACGAUGACGAGAGCGAUAUGGCUUUGUGGAACCCUUCAAUUCAAAAGUUCAAGAAGAUUCACGUCCCGAACUUUGAACCGGAUGCAUCAUCAUCUUCUGGUUCAGAGAUGGAGCAACGAAGAAAACCAAGGGACACCUGUUAUGGCUUCGGGUAUGAUUCUGUUCAUGAUGACUAUAAACUUGUGCGAAUUUUAGAGUUUGCAAAUGAAGGCAAAAUUGUGGGUUCUCAAGUUCACAUUUAUAGCCUAACAUCUAACUCAUGGAAAAGGAUCCAAGACAUGCCAUGGAAUAGUUUUGGAAUUCAUCACGAUUAUCUCAUGUUUUGCGACGGUGCUCUGAGUUGCCUCGUUUAUAACAGGUUUUGUACAAAUGAGGUCAUAAUUCUAACCCUUAGUCUCGCCAGUGAGGAAUAUAGCCAGUUUCCCAUCCCCGUCCAUCAUCUGAAUAUUAAUGAGUCUAGGCUGAGUUUGGAGGUCUUGGGGGGCUUUUUAUGUUUGGUUACAUUUUUGGAGACCCGACAUGAUGUUUGGAUUAUGAAACAAUAUGGAGACGCGGAAUCUUGGACCCUGCUUUAUUCUAUUGAGGGGGGAGAUUUGCCCUGGUUGAUUGAUUUUAUGUGCGAACCUUUGGUGUGCUCAAGGAAUGGUGAAAUGGUUCUUUUGUCGGAUAACAACACUACGUUUUUUUGGUAUGAUUUGAAGGAGAAGAGUUUUAAACGAGUUAAAUUUCAUGGUCGGCCCUAUUUAUAUGAAAUGACAGUUGUUUGUUGGGGGAGCCUUUGUCUUCUUGAUGGCGAUCCUGUUAUUGCUGAGCCUGAGACUGAGAGGCAGCAGAAAGUCCCCACUACCUCUACGAAAAGGAAAUCUUCAAGCAGCGAAGACGAAGAAACGUAUGAUGAUUGGUACUAG